CUCCAAUCCGAACCUCUCUCAUCCUCACCCGCUCCGAUUACCUUCAAUCUCUCUACCCUCUUCUCACCUUACCCUCUUCUCCUCACCUUACCCUCUUUCUCAGACAACCUCAUUACAGCUGACCUACACCCCAGUACAAAGCAUUUCAAUCUCUACAAUUAUCCGAUGCGCUGGUUGUAGCAGUAUUCUCAUCCAAAGCCAACAUGGGCUUAAUCUUAAGCGAUCCGCCGCCCGACGACCGGUGGGACUGCCAUUACUGCGAUGGCGAUCCUGGGCGUUAUCGUCUUCACGAGACCAUGGACUUCGCCGAUGGAGGAACAGUCAUCUCCGACGACGAUGGACACCUUUCUGCAUCUACUUGGGCAACGCCAACGACCAUCCCGAUGCGCCGACAGCCACGCUACCCGGCACUCGGACAGCCACGCUGCCUUGCCUCGACCUCUUCCAUUGAGUUGGUAUCGACUCAGGGUUGUGACCCAACUUGCGCCAUGCAGUCCGCUUUCUCCGUUGACGGAACCCCCAUUGCAAGCGUCCAGAGCCCGGACCUUGUCCUUGCCAUCAUGGAACACUUUGUUCCAAAUGUCCCACUGACACCGUUGCACCUCGGUCAGCUACAAGAGACGCUUUCUGAUUUCAGAAUGGCGUUUCUGGGCGAACCCGAGACCUGCUGCCUCGAGCUCCCAACGCCUCGGCGAUCAGGAUCACUCGAUGGCUCCAUGAUGACCUUUUCGAUUGCUGUCUGAUG